AUGGCUACCUGUAAUGAUUACUUCACAGCAAAAGCUAAUCGAAGUGAAAACUUUGAACCGUUCACAUUGUUGUACGAUACUAGUAUUAGUGCACAAGAUGAAAGUCAAACUAUUCAAAUAAAACUGCGAAAUUUAAUUAAUUAUUUAAAACCUUUUGAGAGUAUCGAGCAAUGUCAACGAUAUAUUCAACAGUUCGAUAAUGAAAAAAUUGUUCUUAUUGUAUCUGAUGGAUUAGGCCACGUGGUGAUACCACAGACACAUGAUUUAAAGCAAAUAAAUUCGAUUUAUAUUUAUUCUGAGAAUAAGCAAAUACAUAAAACAUGGAUGAAACAAUUCAAAAAGGUAAACUGUAUUUUAAAUGAGAAAGAAGGAAGAAUACGCUGACGAUCCUUAGGGGUAUAAAAUAACGACAUAUGUGUGAAUAAGUUACCAGUUUCAAGUUACUGAUAUUUCUCCUGCAGUAACAAGCCUCUCAAAGAGUCAAGAAAGAUUUUUCAUUCAACAGUCAGUGUAUAAUCAAUAAUAAUAACACGCAAGAAUUGAAUAAAUCCAAUGCCAAGCAAAUACCACGAAUUGU